AUGUAUAGACAAAUACCUUUAUCUGUUGCGUUCAGUAGUGAAAACCCUGACGUCAAAAUAAAGGGGAACAGAGUAACGUUUAAGUUUCCAACAGACUGGAUUGUGAACAUAAAUGAAGAGAAGUACAUUGGCAUAACAAAUAUGUAUAUAACACGUGCUUUCAGAAAGGUUGACUUUAUACUUCAAGUCGAGAUAGAAAAUGACGAACAGUCUUUAAGCGUCCAAAACAUUCACAUAUACAAAUACUUUAAAAACAGUACGACGUUAGAAGACUGUAUAAUUACAUUUUACGAAAAUUUUCAAAAGAAGUUCAACAUUGAAGUACAAACUUUACAGCCUUUACGUGAUUUUCUUGCAGAACUGAAAGAAGAAGGAAUUGUAGAAAGAUUAAUAGCUUUUCAUUACGAGUUUGUACCAAAUGAAGAUGGAACUCAUGACUGUCAAUUCAUUGUAUUCUCACCAUUCAAUGAAGUCGCUAAAGAGAAAAAAAAUCCAUUACGUAUAAGAUUUCAAAUCUCUGAACCAAGUGAUGAUUUCAAGAAUGUUUUCAAUUAUGAUGCAAUGCUUCCGAGGAAAAAUGAAUUUUCCGAAAUUAGAUUUCCAGGUAUUUGGGAUAGAAAGCAAGCUAUAUUAUAUUCAAACUUAAGUAAGGGAGUUGAAAAUGAGUUCAUUGGUCAUACAAGAACUUCACCACUUCCUAACCCUAAAUACUAUAAAUUAACUGGCUUCAAUCGUGAGUUUUGGAUAGACAUGUUCUCCACUCAUGACCAUAAAGCACCAGUGUUCUUACCUCCAGACCAUAAGGACUGUCUCUACAUUGAAGCACAACUCUUAAACUCUACCAUCGCAGUAUUGUAA